CAAACCCUGCUAUCUACCGUCACCCCUCACUUUAUUUUCUUCCCCCGAACCGUCAACACCGAGUCUGCCACGCGCCGUGUUCUUCCCCAAGCGGCGUCUCGCGCAUCACUACAACACGCUCCGAAAGAAGACAACAAGGUGUGGAGUUGAGAAGAAUCCAAUUUCACACACAUCAUUUAGUUUUGUUGUCAACGCAGAAGGGUCAAGCGGCAGAAAAGCAUAAUCUCUCAACCUGCCUGAAAGCUGACAGUCCACGGAGUAAGGAUCUCCCAAAUGCUUGACUGUGAUAAAUAAACGGAACAAACUUUGCAUCGGAAAGACUUUUCCUGGCCAUAUGCUUAAUUCCAAAAGGAAUGGAUGGGACGCUGAAGAAAAUAAAGAUCCACUGAAAACAUCCUAAUAAUUCACCUGCUUUUCUUCACUUUCCUCCAGUCACAUUCAGCAUCAUAUCACAGCUGGUGGAGGAACAAAGGUGUGAUUUAGCGCUUGAUGAAGAUGAUGCUGAGUCCAGAUCAGAGCGAUUCCGACCUUAUGUGGACUCAGUCAGACACGGAAACGGUCCUGGACGUCAUUAAAGUGGAGUGUAAGCCUGGAGAGUCUCCGCUAGCAGACGGGAAGCAGCGCGCGGUCGCGCCUCCCGCACUGACCCGUGAGGAAAAGCGGCGGAGGAGGCGCGCGACUGCCAAAUACCGACUUGCCCAUGCAACGCGCGAGCGCAUCCGUGUCGAGGCUUUCAACGUGGCGUUUGCCGAACUGCGAAAGUUACUCCCUACACUUCCGCCGGACAAAAAGCUCUCAAAGAUAGAGAUCCUUCGUCUUGCUAUAUGUUACAUAUCUUACCUGAAUCACGUCCUGGACGUGUGAACGACCUGGGGAACAUAUUAAACAUUGAAGAUCAUUUACAUCUAUAAGACUAUUAUGAGGGCAGAUAUAAGAUCUUGGUUGUUUAUAAAAAUGUUGUUAUCUUAAACCACCUGUUAGAUGUAGAUUCACAUAGAGCAAUAUCCAUUGAGGAUGGAAAUAGCCUCAUCAAAUGAAUUAUGGGUAUAGCAUCAGGAAAUCUUCAUUAGGGCAGCCUGAAGUUCUGGAAGCAUCCUGUUAAAAUAGAUUAUUUUAAAUUGUUAUUUAUUUUAUGUUUCUACUGUAAGCAGACUUGUCUAUUUUACGUGGUUGUCUUAUAAUUGUGGAUAAUUUAUUUUAAUAUAUUGUUUGAUUGUGUUCUUACGCUACGCCUACAGUAUGUACAGUGUUUACAAAAUGUACAGUUAUUUUAUUGUAAAGUUAUUGUGUUUGAAGUUUUGUUGUUGGUUUAACCUUGCACAUUUGUUGAGUUAAUGCUUAAUUAGGUCCUUGAUAUCAGUGAAGCACGUGAUUACACAUGCAAUUGAUAUCUACAUGGCAACAAGAUGCACUUCCUCUUUUUACUGUUUACGGAUACAUGAUCAUUUCUUUCUAUAACUCUGUGUAAUAUAGCCUAAGAAAAUUUUCUUUGGGGAAUAAGCAACCUAAUGUUGAGAAAAAAUAGUUGAUUUUGAUAUUAAAUAAUGGGCAAUACAUCAGACAGCAAUUUUAUUUAAGACCACAAGACUAUGGAAAUUCAAAAGAUGUAUCCUCUGCAGCAGACAAAGGAUAAAGCUGUUAAUUUAUUUUCUUUUACAGACAAGCUAUUUUCUAUAUAUUAUUUAUUUACAUUUGCAUUGUGGAUCUUAAAUCUAUGGUAUAAAAUGUUUCAUAUCUGCUUUAUAUCCAAAGAUGCCCAAUUCAGGGCCUUAAGUAUCAUUUUGUAUUGAAAAAAAUUGAAAUUAAUGUCUUGAUGGGAAAAAAAGCUAAUUAAAAUUAAACAUUUGA